AUGUCCGUAUUUGUUCCGCCUACACUGAACGCUGAUCAGGAAGAGGGGCGGCUGUCUCGCAUGCUUUGUCGUCCUACAAAACGAAAGUACAGCGCUGUACGUAUCGUAAACACUGUUUCAACUGGUCAGUUCACUAUAAUACUAAUUAUUGAUUAA